GACACAUCGUUCCGGUUAGUGUGUAGUAUUGGACGAAAUCGGUUAUUGAUAAUUCGGUUCCGAUAAUCGGUUUUAAUAAUGUGUAUAUUGUAAACUUGAACCGUUCUCUAGUCUCUAUCUCUUUCUCUUUCUUCUGAUAAACCUCUCGGCACUGCGCUGUGUAGUGAGCUUUCACUUCCGUCGUUAGCUGCAGUUUAAAAUCCGGCGAAUUGCGGACGGAGAAUUCAAUCAUAUAGCAUUAUUGAGGAGCUGAAAUGGAGGUUGUGACAAAGAUAUGGUGUUGAUUUUCACUUCGCCGUUAUUGCUGCGAUGGAUUUCAUUUCCGCUUCUUCCUUAUCUUCACCCUUUUCCACACAGUUGUCUCCGAUUUAUUUGAGCUCAGGUAUAGUAUCGUUAAAGCCUAGACAUCGAGUCAAAAAUCGAAACUUUGGGUCUAGAGAAUCCAAUAAUAAAUCUAGGAAAAUUGUGCCCAUUAGAGGCUGCUUUGGUUUUUCCGGGAGUUUUUUGAGGUCGAAACAGUCUGAUUACGGUAGUGAAGCUGUUUCGGAAUCAUUGAGAUUAUGUGGAGAGGGAAAUGAGCUUGUGCUAUCUUCCGAGUAUAAUAGCGCAAAGACGAGAGAGAGCGUAAUACAGUUUGUUACCAAGCCUCUAGUUUACGCCUUGUUUUGUAUUGCAAUUGGACUUUCUCCGAUUCGCUCUUUUCAAGCUCCAGCUUUAGCUGUGCCUUUCGUCAGUGAUGUUAUUUGGAAGAAAAAGAAAGAGAGAGUGAGAGAGAAAGAGGUGGUUUUGAAAGCAGUUGAUCAUGAGUUCUCGGAUUAUACUCGGAGAUUGUUGGAGACAGUCUCGGUUUUACUGAAGACUAUUGAGAUAGUUAGAAAGGAAAAUGGAGAGGUUGCUGAAGUGGGAGCGGCUUUGGAUGCAGUUAAGGUGGAGAAGGAGAAACUGCAGAAGGAGAUAAUGAGUGGGUUAUAUCGUGAUAUGAGGCGGUUGAGGAAGGAGAGAGAUUUGUUAAUGAAACGAGCUGAUAAAAUUGUAGAUGAGGCCCUAAGUUUGAAGAAACAGAGUGAAAAACUGUUGAGAAAAGGUGCUAGGGAGAAAAUGGAGAAACUGGAAGAGAGUGUGGAUAUUAUGGAGAGCGAGUACAAUAAGAUAUGGGAAAGAAUAGAUGAGAUUGAUGAUAUCAUUUUAAAGAAAGAGACAACAACAUUGAGUUUUGGGGUUAGGGAGCUUAUUUUCAUUGAAAGAGAGUGUGUAGAGUUGGUUAAGAGCUUCAACCGAGAAUUGAAUCAAAAAAGUUUUGAAAGUGUUCCUGAAAGCUCCAUUACAAAACUCUCGAGGUCUGAGAUUAAGCAGGAAUUAGUGAACGCUCAAAGAAAGCACUUGGAACAAAUGAUACUGCCCAAUGUUUUGGAACUAGAGGAGGUUGAUCCCUUUUUCGAUCGUGACUCAGUGGAUUUUUCUCUACGCAUCAAAAAACGCCUUGAGGAAUCAAAAAAGCUGCAGAGAGAUCUUCAGAAUCGUAUCAGAAAACGUAUGAAAAAGUUUGGUGAAGAAAAGCUUUUUGUUCAAAAGACUCCAGAAGGUGAAGCUGUCAAGGGAUUUCCUGAAGCAGAGGUGAAAUGGAUGUUUGGAGAGAAAGAGGUGGUUGUUCCGAAAGCUAUCCAGCUCCAUCUACGCCAUGGUUGGAAAAAGUGGCAGGAAGAAGCAAAAGCCGAUUUAAAACAGAAACUUUUGGAAGAUGUUGAUUUUGGCAAACAAUAUAUUGCGCAGAGACAGGAACAAGUUCUCCUGGAUCGAGAUAGAGUUGUUUCGAAGACUUGGUAUAACGAAGACAAAAGUAGGUGGGAGAUGGACCCUAUGGCUGUUCCCUACGCAGUUUCCAGGAAGCUGAUUGACAGUGCCAGGAUUAGGCAUGAUUAUGCUGUAAUGUAUGUUGCAUUAAAAGGAGAUGACAAGGAGUUUUACGUUGAUAUCAAGGAAUAUGAGAUGCUAUUUGAGAAAUUUGGAGGGUUUGAUGCUCUGUACCUCAAAAUGCUUGCUUGUGGAAUCCCAACUUCUGUUCAUCUGAUGUGGAUACCCAUGUCAGAGCUAAGUCUUCAACAACAGUUUCUGUUGGUUACAAGGGUGGUUUCUCGAGUCUUUAACGCAUUGAGGAAGACUCAAGUUGUAUCAAAUGCGAAGGAUACAGUAUUAGAGAAAAUAAGGAAUAUAAACGAUGACAUUAUGAUGGCGGUUGUGUUUCCAGUUAUCGAAUUUAUCAUUCCUUACCAGUUAAGGCUGCGUCUGGGAAUGGCUUGGCCAGAAGAAAUAGAACAGACUGUUGGCUCAACAUGGUACUUACAAUGGCAGUCUGAAGCAGAAAUGAAUUUCAAGUCCCGCAAUACAGAAGAUUUUCAGUGGUUCCUCUGGUUUCUAAUUCGAAGUUCUAUAUACGGGUUUGUUUUGUAUCACGUUUUCCGCUUUCUAAAAAGAAAGGUUCCAAGACUUCUUGGCUAUGGACCCUUCCGCCGAGAUCCCAACGUACGGAAAUUCUGGAGAGUGAAAUCAUAUUUCACUUAUAGAAAAAGGAGAAUCAAACAAAAGAGAAAGGCUGGAAUCGACCCCAUAAAAACUGCAUUCGACAGAAUGAAGAGAGUGAAAAAUCCACCUAUCCCAUUAAAGAACUUUGCUAGUAUUGAGUCUAUGAGAGAAGAAAUCAACGAGGUUGUGGCAUUUUUACAGAAUCCAAAGGCAUUUCAGGAGAUGGGAGCCCGCGCACCUCGGGGCGUUCUUAUUGUGGGUGAGAGAGGAACGGGAAAGACGUCACUGGCGCUCGCUAUAGCAGCCGAAGCAAGAGUGCCUGUUGUCAAUGUUGAAGCUCAAGAGUUGGAAGCUGGGCUAUGGGUUGGUCAAAGUGCAGCGAAUGUCAGGGAACUCUUUCAAACUGCAAGAGACUUGGCACCUGUAAUCAUUUUUGUGGAGGAUUUUGACCUCUUUGCUGGUGUACGCGGGAAGUUUGUACAUACAAAACAGCAAGAUCAUGAAUCGUUCAUUAAUCAGCUUCUUGUUGAACUUGAUGGCUUUGAGAAACAGGAUGGCGUAGUUUUGAUGGCGACGACACGAAAUCAUAAGCAAAUUGAUGAGGCGCUAAGAAGGCCAGGUCGUAUGGAUAGAGUAUUCCAUCUUCAAAGUCCAACUGAAAUGGAAAGGGAGAGGAUUUUACACAACGCUGCAGAAGAAACCAUGGACCGAGAACUCGUUGAUCUAGUGGAUUGGCGUAAGGUUUCAGAGAAGACAACUUUAUUAAGACCGAUAGAACUGAAACUUGUUCCAAUGGCUCUCGAAAGUAGUGCCUUCAGAAGCAAAUUUCUGGACACUGACGAACUUCUGAGUUACGUUAGCUGGUUUGCGACGUUUAGCCAUAUAGUGCCCCCAUGGCUGCGAAAAACUAAAGUUGCAAAGACAAUGGGCAAAAUGCUUGUGAAUCAUCUUGGACUUAACUUAACCAAAGAUGAUUUGGAGAAUGUGGUUGAUCUGAUGGAACCAUAUGGACAAAUAAGUAAUGGAAUAGAACUUUUGAAUCCUACUGUUGAUUGGACGAGGGAGACAAAGUUCCCACAUGCUGUCUGGGCGGCUGGUCGUGCUCUCAUCACACUUCUAAUACCAAACUUUGAUGUUGUGGAAAAUCUUUGGCUUGAGCCUAGUUCCUGGGAAGGAAUUGGGUGUACAAAAAUCACCAAGGUCACAAGUGGAGGCUCCGCGAUUGGGAACACGGAAUCAAGAUCAUAUCUUGAAAAGAAGCUCGUUUUCUGCUUUGGAUCUCACAUUGCAUCCCAAAUGCUUCUUCCUCCCGGAGAUGAAAAUUUUCUUUCUUCUUCAGAAAUAACUAAAGCGCAGGAGAUUGCAACACGUAUGGUGCUUCAAUAUGGCUGGGGACCCGAUGACAGUCCUGCAGUAUACUAUGCUACUAACGCGGUUUCAGCUUUGAGUAUGGGGAACAAUCACGAAUAUGAAAUGGCGGGUAAAGUUGAAAAGAUUUAUGACUUAGCGUACGAAAAGGCAAAGGGAAUGCUCCUUAAAAAUCGACGUGUCCUUGAGAAAAUCACAGAGGAGCUACUCGAAUUUGAGAUUUUAACUCAUAAGGAUUUGGAAAGAAUUGUUCAUGAGAAUGGUGGGAUUCGGGAGAAGGAACCUUUCUUUCUAUCAGGAACCAAUUACAAUGAGGCAUUGUCAAGGAGUUUUCUUGAUGUUGGAGAUCCGCCAGAAACUGCACUUCUUAGUGCACCAACCUAAGAGCAAUGAAGAUGAUUCCAUAUUUUGAUGAUAGAGUUUCUUAGCAUAUCUUACUUAUCUACUAUGUAUUAUGUGGCAAAACAAAUGUUAUAAAAUAAACAUUUAUAUUUAUAUGCCAUUAGAAAAUCUUUGAAACAGAUGACAAAAAAAAAAAGAUAUAUAUUUGAAAAUCUUAUCACUUAUGCUUCAGAGCACCUUGCAAUCAGAUGGUUCCUCAAAGGUCUAGAAAAACCGUGACACGACGGGAACAAGUCAAUCUGCUUCCUCUGCUGACAAUGUAACUCACGGCACAACUUAUAUCUCAGAGUAUUUGUUCUUUCUUGUGUUAUUAUAUCAUUGUUUUUUUCUAAAUGAUUUUUGUCAUAUCAAGUUGGU